AUGUCGACUUAUCCUCCAAGAGAAGAACUACCUCCACUGGGUGCACUGUGUCUCGACUACACCGAUGACAUCCACCGGCCCCCAGGCGAUCCGCUGAACGAGCUGUCUUACCAGUUUCCAGUGAUUCACGAAAUGGUGAAAGAUGCUACUGUGUGGAACGUUGUCAGAAAGGACGAGUAUUCUGAUGAAACAUUACAAAACUACAUUGAUGCCUGCAACCGCCUUCAGCAAAGAGGAGCUGUCGGGGUGAUCACCUCCUGCGGCUUCUUGGCUCAGGUGCAAAACCGUCUAGCUGCCGCGGUGGAAAUUCCGGUUGCAACAAGCAGUCUUAUUCAGUUACCGUUUGUAUCCAUGGUGAUUGGACCAUCCAAGCUCAUUGGGGUCUUGACUUUCGACGCAGAAGUUCUAGGAAAGGCUCACUUUAAAGGUCUGGGAAUUGGCGAAGAGCUUCAGUCCAGAAUUGUCGUCAAGGGAUGUCCUGUUGGGGGUGUUUUACGCGGGAUGAUCAUAGAGGGAGACCCGUACAUUCAUGACGACCUGGAGAAAGAGAUGGUUAGUAUUGCAAAAGAGCUUGUUGGGGAUAAUCCGUCAAUUGGGGCAAUUGUUCUAGAGUGCACUCAGAUGCCACCAUUUGCUCGCGCAGUUCAAAAAGCAACAGGCUUGCCGGUCUACGAUGCAAUCACAAUGAUCGACUGGUUUUACUCUGGUUUGGUGACCAGAAUAGUUCCCGAAGACGGAAGAAAAGAAGAAGGGCUACGUAGAAGACGCAGAAGCGCUAAAGAACUUAAAUAA